CAGGCAUAUAUGUCUGCACAUGUAUCUUUAUUUUGUUUCAUUUCUUUUAUAGCUUGCUCAUGUUCAAGUCUUUGUUUUUCUUUUUCUUUUCCUUUUCCUUCUCAUUUAUUUUAAGCUUUAAUAGGUGUUUAUUAUUCUGUAUUACAGCAUGAAAUGCAUGUUGAUUUUCUAAACUAGCUUGAUCACUUUUCAUUUGUUUAAGUAGCUUAAUAAUUUGACCUUAUUGUUGGAAAGUUUUCAACUUUGUUAUUUAUUUAUUUGUGUAAUUCAAAUUUGGCUGCAGGAUUGUUUUGUUAUGCUGUGAAAUAAUUUUGCACAAUGCUUGAAAUUACUUUAUGUUAUCAAAUUAAAGGGUUCUUUUUCCCCCUUUUUUUUUCAUGAAUUCGUGAUAUUUCUUGCUGUGUGACGUGUUUGUGGCUUUGUUCCAGAAGCAGACCUACUUUAUUUCUAGACAUUUGUUACAAUGUAAUUUGAUUAAUGAGAAAUUGUGGAUUUGGAGCUUGAAGCUCAAUAAAGUUGUAGAAUGCAGUAUAAAUAUAGAGUGUAAUUUCUCAUGUAUAUCUUUUUUGAUUGAUUUUAAACAAUUUGGAGUUCUACAUGUGUAGUUUUGUAUAUAUUGGGCAAACAUAAAAUAAAAUAUAAAAGAAGAGCUAUCUCUAUCAUAAGUUAUGCUCUUAAUAUCUAUUAUCUAAAGCUAUGUCAAUGUUCUUAACCUGUUCAAUUUGUGGGAAUGGUUUUUGUGGUUUGAAGCUAGCCCUUUUUUAUCCAGUUGAGAUAUAUUGGUAAUUAGUGGGGCGGGGGCAUCAAGAUGGCCAGGUCACAUAGCUCGAUAGCCAAAUGGUGGAAGUGGGACAGGAAGCAUUGCUCAUUAACAAGUUGAUGCUUUUGAUGGGUAUCAAUUGGCUCAGAUUGUUCCAUGGCUCCUGCACAGCCAUUAAUGGACAUUAAUUUGGACCAGAAAAAACCGCUUUGCACAAAAGUUGAAGUUGAUACAGAUUAUGGAAGCAUCUUGGUAAAAUCAGAUGGGAUAGGUUCAAGGUGCAUAGAUAAUUGUGAGAAAACAGUUAAUAGUCAAGGCACUCUAUUUGAUGAACAAAAUAAGCCAAAGGAUCCCGAGGAUGUAGAAGUUGACAUAACUACAUGCAAAAACAUCAAUGACGCUAGAUCAAAAGAAGCUGAAGAUCCAAAUGCAACUGAAUAUUCAAGCUCAUUUGCCAACACUCUUUCCGAUACAGAGAAAUGUUCUGGACUAAGUGAAAAUGAAGUGGAAUCACAAUUUUUUGGUGACAGUGAUUUGGCAUCCACAUAUGAUGCAUUCAGUAGCAUCUUCCAAACAAGGAAGAAGAAGUUAACUAAUCAUUGGAGGAGCUUUAUACGUCCCCUGAUGUGGCAUUGCAAAUGGACAGAACUGAAAAUCAAGGAAAUUGAGUCUCAAGCAUUGAAAUAUGCCAGAGAACUUGCAGCAUAUGAACAGAGAAAACACUCACGAAUCUAUCAAUCUCCGCUUGAAGGUUUCUGUUCAAAGUCAUUGCCAUUUUCAAAUCAAUGUUAUAGAAGAAGGGCCAUAAAGAGGAGAAGACGAAGGAUAAUUGAAGACAAGACUGAUACAACAUCAUAUAUGUUACAUCAUAGCCUCUUUUCUUAUCUGGAAAGUAAGAGAUCCAAUCCAGAUGGGAGUUCUAUGAUUGAUGAUUUUGAUAAUACAGCAAUUACUGAACGACAUGCUGAUUGCAAUGACAAAUUUGGCAUUGAUAGUGAACAAUUAUCUUUCGAGUUUGAAGAUGGUGAUAAUUCCUUGGAGCAAGUCCUUUGUAAAAUUGAAACAGUGCAAAAUCGGAUUCAGAAGCUGAAGAAUCAACUUGAUGUAGUGAUGUCAAAAAAUGCUGCUAGAUUUUCCUCCUCUGAGAAUUUAAGCCUUCUUGCACCUUGCGAUGGACAGACUAGUUCUGCUCCUAGCCCUACAUUCUCUGCUGGCAAUGGAGAAACUUUAUCAGUAGGAGCUAUGCUUAAUGCCACUCAUCAUAUUUCAGGAUAUGAUAUUGGAGAUUUGGUAAUGCCUGAUAGUGCCUUAUCAAGUUAUGGAGAGGCUAUUCACGUGCCUGAUAUAAUUGAAAGCACAGUAGGAAUGUUGUCUGCUGCUGAUGUUACCUUCCAUCAACCACAAAUUGGAGAUUCAUGUGAAGCUAUUGUGGACAAUGUGUUGAUACAUACUGAUGCAACUGAGGGGGAGAGAGACAAUUUCAUAGGGACAAGUAAUCAACUUCUAGAGAAACAUCAUGAACCAGAAAAAGGGGAAGAAGGAGAAAGCACCAACCUCUGUCCAGUUCCAAUCUCAGAACCUGAUCCAAUGGUAAAACCCAUUGUGACACCGGGGGAAUCAAUUCUAAGAUCAUGUUUAGCCUCAGAUCUCCAAUUUCCAAGAAACAAGAGAAAGCGAGCAGAGAGGAAAGCUGGUUCUGGUGGAUGGAACAAGAAAGGUUCAGGUGAGCCUGAUAGCCAGUGAUCUGUAUAAAGUCCUUAUCCAUACUGGCUGGACAAAUUCAAAUGCAUAGCUUUUCUAAUAAUCUGCCAGAACUGGUACUCUAUAUGAAUGAUAGAAGAACACCUGUCUUAUUUAUCAAGCACUUGAAAUUGCUUGAAUUUUUACACCAGCUGAUUGCAGCACUUAUCAGCCGAAGAACAUGUCAUUCGCACCACAGCUGCAUAUACAACCAGCUCUGGUGUCCUAAACCCUUUAUGCAUUGUUUCAGCUACUUUUAUGUUAGGUUUAGUUGGAAAUCAUAAGUGUAGCCCUAACAGACUUGAUAAGUAGAGCUAAUUUCCAAAGUCUAGAAACUGGUAUGCAUUUCCCAUUUUUGUAAAGCUUACUGGCUAUUGAUGAGCUAUUUAUGAGCACAAACUUAAGUAUUGCAUCUCCAGGAAGCAGUUUGCUUAGCACAGUAUACUCGAGCAAUUUCCUUGCUCUUCUGAUAGAUUUUCCUUUUUUUUUUUUUUUUAAUUACUUUUGACUCUCUCUUUCCUGAAUCCGGAUGAUUCUCCUGAGAAGACAGUUCUCAUCUGUGCCCAACAAUUUUUAUAAUAAUAAUAAAAAUUUGGCUUUUGAUA